GUCUAUUUUUCAGGUCAUAUUUUGAUAAUCAACCAUCAACUUGUCAUAGUAUUUACUUCACAAUUUAAUUUCAACAUACACAUUUAAAAUAGCCUAGCACUGCUAUUCGUCGCUUAAUGAAGUAUUUUAUUAUUUGAUAGCGACCGCUACAUGGUGGACGUAAAUUGUUAAUUCAGAAAACACUAUUUUAGUCACGUUUAUAUAACAUUUUGUGUAGUUUCAAAAUGAGAAUUUAUUUGUUACAAAGUGUAUCAAAAACGAUCGGAAGGAGAUUUUUAGCAACACAUAAUGUAAGAAAAGUAACUCAUUGCAUUUUCGAUAUGGACGGUCUUCUGUUAGAUACAGAGCAAGUGUAUAAAAAGAUGCUAACUCAGCUUUGUGCGAACUAUGGGCACAAAUACACAGAUGAGCUGAUGAUGAAGGUGCUCGGUGGAACGGAGCAGAGGUUAUCAGAGAUUCUAUGUAAGGAGCUGAAACUUCCUGUCUCACCUCAUGAAUUUAGGGAUCAGUUGCUGAAGCUUGGAGACACUAUGCUAGCUGGAACACCUUUAUUAGAUGGUGCUGAAAGAUUAAUUCGUCACCUGCACAAAACUCAAGUACCCUUCGCAUUAGCAACAUCAUCAAGUGAACGCUCUGUACAGACAAAGAUUGCUAGCUACAAGGAAUUGUUUAGUUUAUUCAACCAUAUGGUAAUGGGAAGCACUGACAAAGAAGUCAAAUUUGGAAAGCCACAUCCAGAUAUAUUUCUUGUAGCUGCAUCCAGGUUUCCGGACAAACCUGAUCCUUUUAAGUGCUUAGUAUUUGAGGAUUCUCCACAUGGUGUGACUGCUGGCAUUGAGGCAGGCAUGCAAGUAGUCAUGGUACCCGACCCACAUCUCGAUAAACAACUAACUAAACAUGCUACCAUUGUUCUCCCAACAUUAGCAAAGUUCCAGCCGGAGAUAUUUGGCUUACCAGCAUUUCAAUGACUGUUUUGUAAAUUAAUGCUUAUUGGAACAAUUUUUCGAGAUAAUUGUAAACAGUUUUUAGGUAAGUGGGUUCUGUAGAUUUCCAAAAAAAACAUAUUUUUAAUAGAAAGGAAUUUUUCCUGAUGUUGGUACUGACUAGAGUUACCAAUAAAGUUUAUGAUAAAAGUGGGACUUGUUGCCCAAUUUUUUAAUAAGUGUUAAGUAGUCAUGUAAAUAUGGCUUUUGAUUUCAGGUUAUUCUGACACUAUGUAGGUUGUAGUUUUUCAUAUGUUUUAUGUCUGAAUUUUAAAUGACAUCUUGUUCAUUAACACAUUUUAUGCUGAAACUAAAUUCGCAGGACGAAUUGUUGACACCAUAUUAAUACAAAAAAGGGGACAACACUUUUAUCUCUAUAGGACAUCUAUGUUCUUUAUGUAGUUACUUUUGUAUAUUGUGAACUGUUUCUCAGUAAACUAGCUUAUCCAUAGUGUGAAAAUGAUCUGAUAUUUGGAAACUAAUUUACAAUGGUGUUUUUAAAUGAAAUAAUUGGUUUAUAUUUGCUUAAAAGUAUUAUUUGUGUAGAAUAGUUUUGUAAACAGAAAUAGAAUUCUGAAUGGAUAAAAGAUAGAUUGUAUUAGAACAUGUUAGUUUUACUGUAGUUUGUUUUGUUGAUUGGCUCACCAGUCAACCUAAUGAAAACAACCGAUUAUAUUGUUAUCUCUUUUACUCUAUUUGAAUAAAUAAGGACAAUGAUAUAAGUCAAUGCAAUAAAAUGUAAAAUCAUGUAAUAUGUUAAAAUUUUUAUACUUUUGUAGGGAUAUUCUAAAUCUUAUCACAGUACCAAAUAGGGGUGGCAUUGAUUAAAUUUUUUAAGGUCAAAAUCAUAGAAACUUGAUCAAAAGCAAUAACUUUUGUCUAAAUAUGUUUUGUUACUUUAGAUUUCAUCAAUGAAUUGUGUUUUGUAAAAAAUAUAUUGUAUUUUUAAGUAAAUAUUUUUUUUAUAAUUUCAAAUAUUUUAGCUGAUACAAUUUGUAUAAUUGUCCACGUUUGUCGACUUUUCGUAAUUGUGUUAAAUAUUUCUAUUUUUUUAAAUAGUCAGAUUAAUUACUAAAACCAAGUGAUUUUAAUGUUCAAUAGUUUUUUUUACUCUUUUGGUUGUGAAUACUUUAAUCUCAUAAUAACAAAUAUGUCAAUAUAUUCAUUGCCAUUUUUAAUAUACAUAAUGCAAAAUAUCUUUUUUUUAAUAAUAGACAAUUUAAUUGCAUGUGAUAGUAUAUAGAAAAAUGUUUUAUAUUUGUUAUGUUUACAUGUGUAGUUUAAAGUGAAAAUAAGCAUAAUAAAUUAUUUAUACAAGCAAUGGUGUAUUAUUGCAUCCUUAUUAGGAUGAUGGAAAUAUACAAUUUAAAUAAAAGAAUUUUUACAGUG